AUGACAUAUUUAGUGCGAAGUAAUUUUCAAGAUCAUCCUUUUCAUUUAGUUUCACCUUCUCCUUGACCAUUCUAUACUAGCAUAUCAUUAUCUGCUUUAACAAUAAAUGCAGCAUUAUCUAUGCAUCUUUUUAAUAAUAGUUAUGUAUUGUUCUAUAUAGCUUUAACUACAGUAAUUGCAUCUAUGACAUUGUGAUUUAGAGAUAUAAUCUCAGAAACAUACCUAGGUAAUCAUACUCUUGCGGUACAAAAAGGAUUAAAUUUAGGAGUUAUAUUAUUUAUAGUAUCUGAAGCUUUAUUUUUCGUAGCUAUUUUUUGAGCUUAUUUCCAUAGUGCUUUAACACCAACAGUAGAAUUAGGAGCUCAAUGACCUCCAAUGGGAAUAGAACCUAUUAAUCCUUUCGAAUUACCUUUAUUAAAUACAGUAAUAUUAUUAUCUAGUGGAGCAACAAUUACGUACGCCCACCACUCUUUAAUUAAAGGGGAUAGAAAAGGUGCUAUAUACGGUACAAUUUUUACAGUAGUAUUAGCAUUAGUAUUCACUUUAUUCCAAGCAAUAGAAUAUAGUGUUUCUUCAUUUACUAUAAGUGAUGGUGUAUUUGGUACUUGUUUCUUCUUUGGAACAGGGUUUCACGGGUUUCAUGUUAUUAUAGGUACAAUAUUCAUAGCAGUAGGUCUAUGAAGAAUAUUAGCCUAUCAUUUAACAGAUCACCAUCAUUUAGGAUAUGAAGGAGGAAUACUGUACUGACAUUUUGUGGAUGUUGUAUGACUAUUCUUAUAUGUAUCCAUGUAUUACUGAGGGUCCUAG